ACUUUUUAGGUGGGAAAGAAUCUAGAGGAUGGCUCUAAAUGAUUGCUUGCUUCUGAACUUGGAAGUGGACCAUCUCGUGCACUGCAACGUCUCCAAUCACAGUGCGGAUCUCCCCAUGAACGACGACUGGUUCCACCCGGGGAUCCUCUAUGUCAUCCCUGCAAUUUAUGGGGUCAUCAUUCUGAUAGGCCUCAUUGGCAACAUCACCCUGAUCAAGAUCUUCUGUACCGUGAAGUCCAUGCGAAACGUGCCGAACCUGUUCAUCUCCAGUCUGGCUUUGGGAGACCUGCUCCUCCUGGUAACAUGCGCUCCCGUGGAUGCCAGCAGGUACCUGGCCGACAGAUGGCUGUUUGGCAGGAUUGGCUGCAAACUGAUCCCCUUUAUACAGCUAACCUCCGUGGGGGUGUCUGUCUUCACACUCACGGCUCUCUCAGCAGACAGGUACAAAGCCAUUGUCCGGCCAAUGGAUAUCCAGGCCUCUCAUGCCCUGAUGAAGAUCUGCCUCAAAGCAGCAUUGAUCUGGGUCAUCUCCAUGCUUCUGGCCAUCCCAGAGGCUGUGUUUUCUGAUCUACAUCCCUUCCACGAGGAAAGCACCAACCAGACCUUCAUUAGCUGUGCCCCGUACCCACACUCUAAUGAGCUGCACCCCAAAAUCCACUCCAUGGCUUCCUUCCUGGUCUUCUACAUCAUCCCACUGUCCAUCAUCUCUGUCUACUACUACUUCAUUGCCAAAAAUCUGAUCCAGAGUGCUUACAAUCUACCUGUGGAAGGGAAUAUACACAUCAAGAAGCAGAUCGAAUCUCGGAAGCGCCUUGCCAAGACAGUGCUGGUGUUCGUGGGCCUCUUUGCCUUCUGCUGGCUCCCCAACCAUGUCAUCUACCUGUAUCGCUCCUACCACUACUCCGAGGUGGACACCUCCCUACUCCACUUCGUCACCAGCAUCUGUGCCCGCCUCCUGGCCUUCACCAACUCCUGUGUGAACCCUUUUGCCCUCUACCUGCUGAGCAAGAGUUUCAGGAAACAGUUCAACACCCAGCUCCUCUGUUGCCGGCCUGGCCUGAUGAGCCGGUCUCAUAGCACUGGCAGAAGUACCACCUGCAUGACUUCUUUCAAGAGUACCAACCCCUCUGUGGCCACCUUCAGCCUCAUCAACGGAAACAUCUGUCACGAGGGGUAUGUCUAGACUGACCCUUGGCCCUGUCCCCCUAGGGACCCCUGGUUUUGCUUUAUGGCUGGUAAGGAACCCUCACAUGUGUUGUCUCUGUACCCUCCACAGACCCUUUGGAAGGCUCGUGAGUGGUGUAGGUGGGUUGGGGAGAGGCCCAAAUGGAUCACUGUUAUGUUUGAAAGGCCCAUGAAGGCUUAUGUUUUCCAUUUCAACUCAUGAAUGUUUCUUCUGAUGUAGAGCAAACUUUCCCUUUUUUAGAAAAGGAAACAAAUAGGAAAUUAUUAUUUUAAGCAUCAAGCCCUGAUAUACAGGUGUGGUCAAUUAAGUCCUAGAAACUACAGUCUUGUAUCAUUUAACGAUGGGGAUACAUUCUGAGAAAUGUGUCGUUAG